GAUCUUUUUAAGCACAGCCAAAUAUGCGUGAAAAAUACACCGAGAUUAUAUAAACAAAUAACAGUAAACCUAAAACUUCAGCGCACAACAUAACUUCGACCUUGGUGUUGCACAUUUGCAUUCUUCUAGAAUGAUGGAUACUGCGGAUGAAUUUAACAAUCACGCUGAAAAGGUUAAAAAGCUCAGGACAAAACCAAAUGAUAGUGAACUUCUUGAACUUUACGGUUUGUACAAGCAAGUCACGGUUGGUGACAACAAUACAAGUGCACCUGGUAUGUUCGAUCUGAAAGGCAAGGCAAAAUGGAAUGCUUGGAAUGGAAGAAAGGGUAUGUGUAAAGAAGAAGCCAAAAAUUUGUAUGUGAAUAAAGUUAAAUCUCUUAUUGAAAAAUAUGGAUUACAAUAAUAAUGACCGCUAUUCAUUACGUUCAGGAAAAUGAAUCAUUUCUUUUGAUUCUUUUAUAUAUUUUUGUUAUAUUUUUGCACAUAUUAAAGUUGUUCAUAAUUUCCACCAUUUUGUCCUUGCUAUUAUUGAUUUCGUACUAAUGUACUAAUGUACAUUGCUAUAGUAGGAAUUGUUUUAUAUAUUUUUGAUAGUGCUUAUAUUUGCAUGUUCGAAUGUUUUGUAAAACAUGGAUGAUAUUUUUAUUGUCUUUCAUAUUUUGUUUUUUUUUUAAAAAUAAAAAUUGAUAGACAAACGGAAA